AUGGUUUCAGAUCAGUAUCUUGGCAGUAAUGAAGACGUCGCAGUCACCGGAACCACAUCAGCCUUGCUCAAGAGCUGGUCAGAGUGGACAGCUUCUACCAAGAACCAGAACUGUCAUAUGAUUGCUCAAUUAAACCAUCCAGGACGCCAAUCUCCGAUUGGAGCAGGAAAGAGAAGCAUAUUCUCAAAGACCAUCGCACCAAGUGCCAUUCCCAUCAACCUCGGCGAUAACGCCAUUGCCAAACUGAUCCGUAUGUUGGUCUUUGGAACUCCAAGGGCCAUGACACGAAAUGAAAUCGAUGUUGUUGUCGCGCAAUUCACUGAAGCUGCGCGACUAGCUCACCAAGCUAGUUUUCAAGGCGUUGAAGUUCACGCAGCACAUGGAUUCCUACUAUCUCAAUUUAUGUCACCAAACAGUAACCAGCGAGAUGACGAGUUCGGAGGUUCGACAGACAAGCGCGUCGAACUAGUUCUUCGCAUUAUCCGAUCCGUCCGCAAGGAAGUCCCUAAGUCAUUCUGCGUUGGUGUGAAGAUCAACUCGGCAGACUUUAAGGACGAGAAAGGCAUGAGACAGAUGCUGCGACAGAUUGAGCUGAUACAAAAGGAGGAAAUCGACUACAUCAACCUCAGUGGUGGAUCUUUUGAAGAUCCUCAGAUGAUGAGUACCAAUUCAUCCCUGCAACUGAGUUCUACCGGGUCCCGUUCAAGCAUUCGUGAGGGAUUCUUCCUACGAACAAGUCAAGAGAUCCGUCGCAGGUUCCCUGAUCUUACGCUGCUUGUGACAGGCGGAUUCAGAAGUCGAAGUGGUGUUACCGGAGCCCUUGAUAACGAUGCCUGCGACCUUAUUGGACUGGGUAGGCCAGCUGUGAAAUACCCAGACCUACCGAGCCAAAUCAUAUUCAACAAGGGUAUCAGCGACGAAGAAGCUAGAUUUGACGUGGAGUCUGCCCCAGGCGGCGGAUGGCUGUCUUCAAAAGUUCGUUCCGUGGGAGCAGGCGCAGAGACUAAAUACUGGGUUGCUGCUAUGAGUAAGCUAUGA